AUGGCGGAUAGCCUUGUUCUUUUGCACGAGGAUCAAGGAAAAAUUGUACGUGCUCCUUCAGGAGUUGUGCAUGGCAAACAUGGCAUUGUGUACUAUGAUGAAAAUCAAGAAGAUAGCUUAUUUAGUAGCUUAUCAAAUCCUUUUGUUGCAGGGAGAUAUCAUAGCCUUGUCAUUGAUAAGGAGAGUUUCCCUCAUGAUGUUCUUGAGAUUACAGCGUGGACAGAAGAUGGCUUAGUAAGGGCUGCUCAACACAAGAAGUAUAGGCAUAUCCAGGGAGUACAGUUCCAUCCAGAGAGCAUCAUAACCGAAGAGGGCAAGACAAUAAUAAUAAACUUCAUCAAGCACAUUGAGAAAUUCGAGAUGAAAUCUCAACACUUGAGAUUUUAGGCUGUAUCCAAGAGACCUUCUCGCAAGGUGAAUGAAAGGUUAUCCUUAUUUGUCGUGGGGCUACAUGUUGGCUUUUGUUGUGAAAGAAUAAAACAUCUGUUGGUCAUAAUCUUCUGUAGCACAAUAACCCUAGUUGAUUAUAUGUAAUUUUAUCAGAAAAAGAAUGC